AUGAGUAAAGACAAGGAGAGGGACACGGGAAGUCCGCAGCAGAAUAUACACAAAAACCAGUACAAUCAGCUGGGCAGAAACAGUGCACAGCUCUCGCCUCAGGUAUCUAAUACCACAGCUUCUGGCGGUAAUGUUGGUCAAUUCCCUGCACAACCAUUAAUCCAAGGUCAAUAUGAUAAUAGAUCACAAGCAUCAUCUCAGAAUAAUACACUGAAGGCCAAUCAAAACCCUAAUAAGAAGAAGAAAAGACCUCAACUGCAAAAAAAUCCAUCCUUAAGUUUCCAACAAGUACCUUCACCAAAAUAUGUCUAUAGUGUGGAUGAUGAUUUGGAUGAAAUUGAGCAGGAUAUUGAGCGAGAAUAUCUAGAAGGUUAUAAUGAUGCAUUGAGACAUAGAUAUAGGAAAUCAACUAAAAAUUUGAAAGAACAACCAAAAGAAGUUCAAAAUUUAGUCCAUGAUGUUACUUCGAAUCUUAUCAAUGCUGAUUCUACAUUAAAAAAAUUAGAACAAAAACAAGCAGAUUAUCAUAUUCAAGGUCAAUUACCUUCUGAUCAACAACAACAGGGUGAAGAAGAUCGUCAAUCAAAUCAUACAUUUGAAGAUGCUGAGCGUGGUAGUCAUCAUUAUCAACAACAUCUACAUCCAUUUAAUCAACAAUCAAGACAACCUUCUUUAUCAAGAACAGUAUCUCAAUUAUCACAUAAUCAAACACAAUCUCAACAAAAAUUGUAUUAUCGUAAACAAGAUGAUCAAACACGUCAAGAUAAUGACCAGGAUAAUGAAGAUCAAGAUCAAGAUUAUGGUCAAGAUGAUGUUGAUGAUUAUCAUGAUGGAAAUAAUGACAAUAACAAUGAUGAUAAUGACGAUAAUCAUUCAACUACAUCUGAAGAAGAUUUCACUUUAAGAAAUAGACAAGAUGCCAUUAAUGUUACACAUCCAUUUGGUAUCAGAAUCUGGAAGCCUGCCUUAUAUAAAAAAGAUCGUUCUGUUCAAAGAGAAGCUGAUCAGGAUAUUCAUGAAACUGAUGAUGAUAAACAGAAAAAAAUUAGUUAUGGUAUACAUUUAGCAAAUUUAUUAUGGUCAAUUUCAUUUGGUUUAUUAUUUUUUAUACUUUGUACCAUUGGUUCAAUUUUCUUAUUAAUUUUUGGUUAUUCAUCUGUUAAUUAUGCAAAAGUUUUCUUUAAUUUAGGUAUAUAUUUCUUAUGGCCAUUUGGUAAAGUUAUUUAUUUACAAAAAGAUGAAAAUUAUUUAAAUGAAGAUAUAAAUGAAGGUAGUACUUUUAUUGAAUAUGAAAGAUGGAGAACUGAAGAACAAAAUAAAUUAUUUUUCAGUGCAAGUCAAAUAAAUUUACCAACCACUGAUACACAUGUGACUGGUACAAGUUCUGCUAUUCAACAACCACCAUCCCAACACCAGCAGCAACAACAACAACAACCAAGUCAAUUGAAUCCUCAACAACAAAAAAAUCUGUUACCAUUACCUUCAAUUGAAGAAACUGUUGAUGAUGAUAAUGAUAAUAAGAAAAAAAGAUUAUUUGGUAGAGGUGAUUGGAGUUUAGGAAGAAUAUUAUUUUAUUUAUAUUUUUAUUUAAUUUUACAACCAAUUUUCCUUAUUGUUUGGUUAUUAUGUUGGUUAUUAGUUUUCACAAUUCCAAUGGCUAAGAUCAUUUCAAAUUUAACAGAUCAUUUAAGAAGACAUCCUUUAGCUAUUUUUUUCAAAUUUGAUUCAUCAAAACCUUUACCAUCUGAUAAAAGAAAAAAUUCAAAUAUUUUGGUUUGUACUUAUAGAGCUGCAGGAUUCCAUUAUUAUAAAUAUACAGUGGAAGGUACAAAUAUUUUUUUCAUAAAUUUAAUGUUUAUUGUCAUUUUCACAAUUGUGGAUUUUUUCAUUAUAAAAGAUUUUUUUGGUGUUGAGAAAUUCUUCACAAAUGAAUCAGUUAUCUUUGCAUUAUGUCUUUUAUCAAUUAUCCCAUUAGCUUAUUUCAUUGGUCAAGCAGUUGCAUCUAUUAGUGCACAAUCUUCAAUGGGUGUUGGUGCUGUGAUUAAUGCUUUUUUUUCAACAAUCGUGGAAAUUUUCUUAUAUUGUGUUGCAUUAAAUCAACAUAAAGGUUCACUUGUGGAAGGUUCAAUGAUUGGAUCUAUUUUAGGUGCAGUUCUUUUAUUACCAGGAUUAUCAAUGUGUGCAGGUGCUUUCAUUCGUAAAACUCAAAGAUAUAAUCCAGCAAGUGCAGGAGUUUCUUCAACAAUGUUAUUAUUUUCUAUAAGUGUUAUGUUUGCACCAACUAUUUUCCAUCAAAUUUAUGGUUCAUAUGAAAUUAGUUGUGUACCUUGUUUACCAGGUAUGUUGGGAGCAAAUUAUAAUAAUGGAGGUCAAAAAACUUGUCAAAAAUGUCAUUUUUUCCAACCUCCACUGAAAGUUGAUUAUUUAUUUAAAGAAGUUUUAAGGCCUUUUUCAAUUAUUUGUGCAUUAUUAUUAUUUUUAGCUUAUACAAUUGGUCUUUGGUUUACAUUAAGAACUCAUGCUGCAUUAAUCUGGCAAACUCCAAUAACAGAAAAUAAACAACAACAACAACAACAAAAAGCUAUCAAUCCAUCACCAUCAAAUGAAAACAUUAAUGAAGUUCAACAAUCACAAGUUAUUGAAUCUGGUGGUCAUGAUGCACCAAAUUGGUCAAGACAAAAAUCUACAAUUGUUUUAUUAGGUGCUACAUUAUUAUAUGCAAUUAUUGCAGAAAUUUUAGUUGAUUGUGUUGAUUCAGUUUUGAAAAAUUUCCCAAUUAAUCCAAAAUUCUUGGGUAUAACUAUAUUUGCAUUAGUUCCAAAUACAACUGAAUUUUUAAAUGCCAUUUCAUUUGCAACACAUGGUAAUGUUGCUUUAUCAAUGGAAAUUGGUUCAGCUUAUGCACUUCAAGUUUGUUUAAUUCAAAUUCCAUCAUUAGUUUUAUAUUCGAUUUUUUUCAUUGGUGAUAAAGAAUCUUUGGUUAAUGUUAAAGAUUCAAUGUUUACUUUGAUUUUCCCAAAAUGGGAUUUAGUUGCUUCUAUAAUUUCAGUUGUUUUAUUUACUUAUAUUUAUGCAAAAGGUAAAUCAAAUUAUUUUAAAGGAAGUAUACUAAUUUUGAUUUAUAUUAUUGUUAUUAUUGGAUUUUAUUUCACUGGGAAAAUUGAUUCAAGUGAUCUAUUCUUUGCAUCAAGUUUCAUAAUGACUUGA